GUUUAUACGUGAGAUUCAACGCUGAUUGGCAUUAUAAGAAGAAAAGUUUUUAAGUAAAUGUAACGCACAUAAUUAAGCUUCAAAGAUAAAGAUGAUCUAUCUAAAUGUUGAUUGAGGAAGUUACCCAAGUAAUAGAAAAAUGCUCUAUAGAAAGGUGACUUCCAGUGGGCGAUGACUUCUAGUUGGAUAGGGCCCAAAUGCUCCAAAAAUUAACGUAAAAGUGCUUUCUUCAAUUUUAGUAUGUUUAUUUUGUUUACAUGUCUGUGUGUGCGGACAUAACUUGAUCUUCAAGAAAAUGGAUUUGAUUGGUUGAUUAUCCACUAUAUGAUCAUAUCACAAUUAUAAAUGCUCCCAGUAUGCCAUCCCAACAAGGCAACAAUUGACUAUUUCCACGAGUCAAUGCAUUUGACUAUUUCAAACCUGAUCAGUUUUUUAACAAGUGACUUUACAAGGCUGACGGAAAGCGCGAGGAAGGAGGAAACCCUGACUAGCACCAACUUUCAACAAUUCAAGAUUAGAAUAUUGCUUCAACUUUCGUCCCCAAUCUUAUUUUAAGUGCUUCUGCUGAAGCAGUAGGAGGAUGAAGUGAAAUUAGUGAAUAUUGAAACAGUAACAAGUAUGGUGGGGAAGCUAAUGCGCGCGGUUCAGUACGACUCUUAUGGAGGCGGUGCUGCUGGCUUGAAGUAUGUUGAAGUUCCAGUGCUUACUCCAAAUAAGGAUGAGGUCUUGCUAAAGUUGGAGGCUACAAGCUUAAAUCCGUUAGACUUGAGGUUUCAGAAAGGUGUCAAUCGUCCUUUUGUUACUCGCAAAUUCCCUGUCAUACCUGGUACUGAUGUAGCAGGAGAGGUUGUAGAGGUUGGAUCUAGUGUUGUAAAAUUUAAGGCUGGUGACAAAGUUGUGGCAGUUCUUAAUCUUCUUAUAGGAGGUGGAUUGGCCGAGUAUGUCGUUGCAAAGGAGAGCUUGACUGUUCCAAGACCAGAAGAAGUAUCAGCUGCUGAAGGUUCAGGGCUUCCAAUUGCUGCUCUUACAGCACACAAGGUCCUUGUUGAUAUUAUCGGGAUCAAAUUAGAUGGAAGUGGACCCCGUUUGAACAUUCUUGUCACCGCUGCCUCAGGUGGUGUCGGACAUUAUGCUGUUCAAUUGGCAAAGUUAGGUAACACUCACGUUACAGGUACAUGUGGAGCUCGUAAUAUUGAAUUCGUAAAGAGCUUAGGAGGAGAUGAGGUUCUUGACUACAAGACGCCAGAAGGAGCAGCUCUUAAGAGUCCAUCAGGAAAGAAAUAUGAUGCAGUGAUUCAUUGUGCUAGAGGAGUUCCUUGGUCAACAUUUGAGCCUAAUUUGAGUGAAAAUGGUAAAGUCAUUGAUCUGACUCCUGGGCUAAGUGCAAUGUGCACAUAUGUACUGAAGAAACUGACAUUCUCCGAAAAGCAGUUGCUUCCAUUUAUUUUGAUUCCUAAUGGAGAUGAGGAAUUAAACUUGCUUGUUAGGUUGGUGAAGGAAGGGAAGUUAAAGACUGUUGUUGACUCCAAACAUCCUCUAAGCAAGGCUCAAGAUGCUUGGGCUAAGAUGAUUGAUGGACAUGCCAUAGGGAAAAUUAUUGUGGAGCCAUAAAAAAAUUUGUUCCAAUUGAUUUAAAUGUGAAAAUGUUGCUGCUGAGCAUUGAUAACAUACAAGGAUUUAUAUUGAUAGAUGUGUUAGAAAUUUCGAGUGAAGGAGAAAUCUCAAACCGCUUCUCAUGUAAAUGGAGGAAAUAACUAUUUUUUACUUCACUCAACUAGCUUGCAUAUAUAAAUGAUAUGGUAUCCAGGUACUUAUAGAAGACUUCUAAUAUUUACUUACUAAGAACUUACUCGCGCUUCGCGCAAUUAUGAAACACAAUAUAAAUUUAAAUAUUUUUUAUUUAUUUAUAUCUUCUACUAAUAAUUAUAGCAAGAUGAACAACAUAUUCCUUAAAUUAGAAAUACUUAGCACUUCUAAAAAAUAAACUCAAAUAUCUAUUUCUUCUCCUAUUCCUUUUCCUUUUUCAAUUUUUCACUUUUUUUUUUCUUUCAUUCCAAUUCUGUAAUCCCCCUCUUAAUUCUACGCCUUAAUAAAAGAGGAAAUGUCAAUAAAAUGUUCACAAAGUCGUCAAAAACAUUAGCUAGAAAAUCAGAAAGAGAUGUUUAACAAAACUUUGCCAACUCCAAAAUAAACACUACUAACAAAAAUUUAGUGCGGUCAUAAAUCAAACUGACCAAAUCAGGAGGAGCUUAGCCACUGAUCCCUUCGACAAUAAAAUCAAGAAGCAAGGUCAGCAAAUUUUUAAAGGAAUUAAUCAUAUUUAACCGAUAGAAUAAAAGAAUUCACAUAACUUGGCAACAAAGCUAGGAAAUGAAGAAGAUAUAUGAUAAAUGAUAUCCACGUUAGAUACAUGAUUUUACUUCGACACAAUAGUCGCGUUAUAUUUAUCACUAAUACAACAUAUCCACUUGAUCAAAGAAUUCCCGACCAAUUAAAUCUAUUUCUCCAAAUUAGAAAACAAAAUAAGCUGUUUAAGAACAAAAUAAUUCCCAUCCAGAGUUCUGAUUUGUAAAUUGGAUAGUUCCCCUAAAGAAAGUUAGUUAAGAACAUGCUAAUCGAGGAACUAAUAAUAAUAAUAUUUUUUUUAGAUUAAUGAUAUUUUAGAAUGAUAAUAUACAUCAAGAUAUUUGUCCCAAUGCUUUUGUCCAAUUGAGUCACAGAAAGUUUAACCUCCUAAUUACAAGCAAAAUUCAACCAAGAAAUGAUUCACAAUAAAUCUUAAAUCU